AUGUUUAUCAACAUCAAGGGGCUGAACCCACCACAAUCACCAAUACAAAGUGAUGACAUGGUAUUAGUAUAUAAUCAGGAAUACAGAGCAUCAAUCUCAACCACCACUCAACCACAACCACAAAUUCCUACUUUUAAAGAUUUCCUGGACCAAAUUAAUCUAGGAACAUGCUACAAAGAGCUUGUUAAAGCAGGCUUCACUGAGGACAUGUUCAACCAGUUUAUUAAGAUUGAUAAAAACAUUAUUCGUGAAUACAUUGGCAAGUUGCCCCCUCUAAACGUCAUACAGCAAGCAGCAUUUGAGGAUGGUAUAUUAAAGCUCAAGGAAUCACUCAUGCCAGUCUCUCAUAAAAGAUACCCCGAGGAAGAUAACGAAAUUCGCAAAAGAUCAAAACACACUAUUACAUCAGCAUUAGACAUUGCGGCUCGUGUCUUGGCAACAGCUGAAAUCAAUUCGAAAUUUUUCUUCGAUCGUUUUCAAAAUAAUACAGACAUACUUGGUGGUCUAGAUUUAUCAUCGGAAGACCUGAGAAUUUUAUGUCAAUGUAAAAGUGACACCCAAAAGAAAUUUAACGCGUUCUUCUCAAAAAUGCCGCAAGAUCCAUGGAUUAUUCAUGACUCGUCGAGUCAAACCUACUUUAAAGACCCGAUAGCCAAAAUUGACUUAGCCAUCCUCGAUGGAGCUACCCCAUCAUGGCCGCAGCUCGUUGCAGCAAUCGAAUUAAAAUUUAGCAUAGGUGACAAGGGAGACACUUCUGGCAAAAAUCCUCCUGACGAACACCAUAACGCGAUAGGACAACUCGCAGAUAAGUUUUCGAACAUUUUCGAUCAGCAAGAAGAUAGGAAGGAAGUUUUCGGGGCCAUUGCAAAAGGAUUCGAUCGGCUUGCUCAUGCUGGCGAAGUUGGUGACCGCACCGCAAGAAAUAAGGCCAUAGUCAAGUCUUCUACUAGUGACGGAGAACGUAAUAUUCUUCAUGAACUUGCUUGUUUUAAGAUUGAGUUUAUUCCCAAGGUCUAUUUUUAUGGAACGUUUGAAAAUGGUCAAAGGUUCAUUGUGAUCAAACCAUAUGGUGAACACCUCGAAAUAUCAAAACAUGGUUUGCGGGUUGUUCUUGGUGCCAUACGAGAUGUCGCCGAGGCCAUGAAAUUGGCUAGUCAACACAACAUUUUGCACCGCGACAUCAAACCCUCUAAUAUAAUCCUCUUUAAUGGCCAUGGAUACCUCAUCGAUUGGGGUAUCGCAUUACAUUCGAAUUCUGGAGAGUCGAAAGAUUUAUCAGCAACAUUAUUAUACUGCUCUAUAUCCAUCAUGGAGUGUCUGAUUGCUCAAAAGUCCUAUUUAUAUACUCUCGACGACGACGUCGAGUCUCUUUUCUAUACCGUUGUGGACAUUCUUUGUGAUGGUAUUACGACUUGGAACAAAGGUAUACACGCAGAAGACAUUAUGGCCCACAAACUCGUGAUGAUAUAUCACAAAUUUGAAAAACAACUUAAAUAUGCCCCUUUGAAAUACUAUGCUAUACUGGAGGAAUUUCGUAGCCUCUUGUUCGAUAAGUCGGAUAGAAGUAUUGAUCAAGUCAUUGAAUUUCUGUCUGCUAAGAUUAAGGAAUCGGAGGAAUUGGGAAUUGCCUGA